CGCUUCCUCCGGGGGGGCCUAUAGAGGAGGGGGAGACAGGAAGAGGAAUGGCGGCCAACACACAACUUCCUGUCUGUCACCAGGGAGAGGAGACAACACCGAGAGACGCUCCACCGGGGGCACCGAGCUGUACCGGGGAUACUGAGAGACACCGGGGUGUACCGGGGGAGAGAGAAAUCGCAUCGCAUAAUGAUGACCACUCAGUGUGACCCAACGUAUACCGGAUCCUGAGCCCCCCCAUCGUAUACCGGAUCCUGAGCCCCCCAUCGUAUACCAGAUCCUGAGCCCACCCUCGUAUACUGGAUCCUGAGCCCACCAUCGUAUACCGGAUCCUGAGCCCCCCAUCGUAUACCAGAUCCUGAGCCCACCGUCCUAUACCGGAUCCUGAGCCCCCCAUCGUAUACCGGAUCCUGAGCCCACCCUCGUAUACCGGAUCCUGAGCCCACCAUCGUAUACCGGAUCCUGAGCCCCCCAUCGUAUACGGGAUCCUGAGCCCCCCCCAUCGUAUACCGGAUCCUGAGCCCCCCAUCGUAUACGGGAUCCUGAGCCCCCCAUCGUAUACGGGAUCCUGAGCCCCCCAUCGUAUACCGGAUCCUGAGCCCCCCAUCGUAUACGGGAUCCUGAGCCCCCCAUCGUAUACGGGAUCCUGAGCCCCCCAUCGUAUACGGGAUCCUGAGCCCCCCAUCGUAUACGGGAUCCUGAGCCCCCCAUCGUAUACGGGAUCCUGAGCCCCCCAUCGUAUACGGGAUCCUGAGCCCCCCAUCGUAUACGGGAUCCUGAGCCCACCCUCGUAUACCGGAUCCUGAGCCCCCCAUCGUGUACCGGAUCCUGAGCCCCCCAUCGUGUACCGGAUCCUGAGCCCACCCUCGUAUACCGGAUCCUGAGCCCCCCAUCGUGUACCGGAUCCUGAGCCCACCCUCGUAUACCGGAUCCUGAGCCCACCAUCCCAUACCAGGUUCUUCAUUCAUACGGUGGAAAAUGUCUUUGAUCUGGCUUCAGGUUGGGCAGUGCGGCAACCAGAUCGGCCAAGAGUGGUGGCAGAUUCUCGCCAACAGCGUCGCCGAAACCGAGCGACAUCCGUAUUUCUCGCGGGACGGGUCGAUCAAUGCGAUCUGCGUUGACAGCGAAACGAAAGUAAUUCGGAGGUUGCGGCAGCAGGUGAAGAAAGGGUACUUCAGAGACGCCAAUAUCAUUGUGGGGCGGAGAGGAAGAGGAAAUAACUGGGCCUAUGGGUACCGUGACACAGGAAUGGGGGCAGAUCAGAGCCUGCUGGAGCGGACGAUGGAGAGUUUCCGCAGAGAGGUGGAGAGGAGAGACUGCUACAGUGGCACGGUGAUCCUGCACAGUCUGUGUGGCGGCACUGGAUCCGGUCUGGGUUCCCAUCUGUGUCAGGAGAUCAGAGACAGCUAUCCGGCGGGUCACUUGCUGAGCGUAACUGCGGCACCCCACGAGACCGGCGACACCCCAUUACAGCAUUACAACUCCCUGCUCUGCCUGUCCUACCUGCAGAGGUACUGCGAUGGGGUCCUACUCUUCUCCAAUGACGAUGUGAUGAAGAGGGCAGCCUCCACAGCUGAGAAAAAAACCUUCUCUUCUUCCGGUCUUCAGCCAGUAGUCUCCCUCACCGCGAUGAAUGCACACAUUGCUUCUUGUCUAGCCGGCCUUCUCUAUCCCGUGUAUUCCCUGAAGACAAGGAGCAUGGUCAGUAUGGGGCUGGAGCCCUGGGAGCUGAUCCGAUCCCUGUGUCCGAUGCCCAGCAUGAAGUUUCUGCAUACGGCUCAGGUCUGCAGGAGGGGAACUGCAUUCUGGGAUAAGGUGACCUCCUCCGUGGUGCAGACGGUCCCUCGAGCAAAUCCUCAGGGUCAGCUGCAUCACAGCGCGUCCGUCCUGGCCGUGGCUCGGAACUCCCAGGAUUACUCCUUCCUUCUCUCCCGGGACUCCGUACUGAUGAAGCUGAAGCAGUCCUAUCGCUGCGUCGCCUGGAACCCCUCCCCCAUCCACUGCUGGACAGAUCCCCAGAAUAUUCUGGAUCCCUCGUGUCACAGCCACUCCCUGACCGUCUGCGCCAACCACUCCAGCGCGGCCGACCUGGUGAGCGGCAUUGUGGGUAAAGCCCGCACCAUGUAUGACUCCGGGGCUUACCUGCACUGGUACCGGAGAUACGGCUGUGAGGAUGAAGACUUCCAGGUGGCCUUCCACACCCUGGACUGCGUUGUGGACGAAUAUAACAGUCUGCGGCAGCCGUGACCAAUCCGCCGUUCCCAGGAUCCAUGACCGUUCCCAGGAUCCAAAACUGUUCCCAGGAUCCAUGACCGUUCCCAGGAUCCAUGACCGUUCCCAGGAUCCAAAACUGUUCCCAGGAUCCAUGACCGUUCCCAGGAUCCAUGACCGUUCCCAGGAUCCAAAACUGUUCCCAGGAUCCAUGACCGUUCCCAGGAUCCAAUACUGUUCCCAGGAUCCGAUACCGUUCCCUGGAUCCAUGACCGUUCCCUGGAUCCAUGACCGUUCCCAGGAUCCAUGACCGUUCCCAGGAUCCAUGACCGUUCCCAGGAUCCAUGACCGUUCCCAGGAUCCAUGACCGUUCCCAGGAUCCAUGACCGUUCCCAGGAUCCAUGACCGUUCCCAGGAUCCAAUACCGUUCCCAGGAUCCAUGACCGUUCCCAGGAUCCAUGACCAUUCCCAGGAUCCAUGACCCUUCCCAGGAUCCAUGACCGUUCCCUGGAUCCAUGGCCGUUCCCUGGAUCCAUGACCGUUCCCAGGAUCCAUGACCGUUCUCAGGAUCCAUGACCGUUCACGAGAUCUAUGACCGUUCUCAGGAUCCAUGACCGUUCACGAGAUCCAUGACCGUUCCCAGGAUCCAUGACCGUUCCCAGGAUCCAUGACCGUUCACGAGAUCUAUGACCGUUCACAAGACCCAAUCCCGUUCCCUGGAUCCAUGACCGUUCCCAGGAUCAAUAACUGUUCCCAGGAUCCAAUACUACUCCCUAGAUCCAUGACCGUUCCCAGGAUCCAUGACCGUUACCUGGAUCCAUGACUGUUCCCAGGAUCCAAUACUACUCCCUAGAUCCAUGACCGUUCCCAGGAUCCAUGACCGUUCCCAGGAUCCAUGACCGUUCCCUGGAUCCAUGACCGUUCCCAGGAUCCAUGACCGUUCCCUGGAUCCAUGACCGUUCCCAGGAUCCAUGACCGUUCCCAGGAUCCAUGACCGUUCCCAGGAUCCAUGACCGUUCCCUGGAUCCAUGACCGUUCCCAGGAUCCAUGACCGUUCCCUGGAUCCAUGACCGUUCCCAGGAUCCAUGACCGUUCCCUGGAUCCAUGACCGUUCCCAGGAUCCAUGACCGUUCCCAGGAUCCAUGACCAUUCCCAGGAUCCAUGACCCUUCCCAGGAUCCAUGACCGUUCCCUGGAUCCAUGGCCGUUCCCUGGAUCCAUGACCGUUCCCAGGAUCCAUGACCGUUCCCAGGAUCCAUGACCGUUCUCAGGAUCCAUGACCGUUCACGGGAUCUAUGACCGUUCUCAGGAUCCAUGACCGUUCACGAGAUCCAUGACCGUUCUCAGGAUCCAUGACCGUUCCCAGGAUCCAUGACCGUUCCCAGGAUCCAUGACCGUUCCCAGGAUCCAUGACCGUUCUCAGGAUCCAUGACCGUUCACGAGAUCUAUGACCGUUCUCAGGAUCCAUGACCGUUCACGAGAUCCAUGACCGUUCCCAGGAUCCAUGACCGUUCCCAGGAUCCAUGACCGCUCACGAGAUCUAUGACCGUUCACAAGACCCAAUCCCGUUCCCUGGAUCCAUGACCGUUCCCAGGAUCAAUAACUGUUCCCAGGAUCCAAUACUACUCCCUAGAUCCAUGACCGUUCCCAGGAUCCAUGACCGUUCCCAGGAUCCAUGACCGUUCCCAGGAUCCAUGACCGUUCCCAGGAUCCAUGACCGUUCUCAGGAUCCAUGACCGUUCACGAGAUCUAUGACCGUUCUCAGGAUCCAUGACCGUUCACGAGAUCCAUGACCGUUCCCAGGAUCCAUGACCGUUCCCAGGAUCCAUGACCGCUCACGAGAUCUAUGACCGUUCACAAGACCCAAUCCCGUUCCCUGGAUCCAUGACCGUUCCCAGGAUCAAUAACUGUUCCCAGGAUCCAAUACUACUCCCUAGAUCCAUGACCGUUCCCAGGAUCCAUGACCGUUACCUGGAUCCAUGACUGUUCCCAGGAUCCAAUACUACUCCCUAGAUCCAUGACCGUUCCCAGGAUCCAUGACCGUUCCCAGGAUCCAUGACCGUUCCCAGGAUCCAUGACCGUUCCCUGGAUCCAUGACCGUUCCCAGGAUCCAUGACCGUUCCCUGGAUCCAUGACCGUUCCCAGGAUCCAUGACCGUUCCCUGGAUCCAUGACCACUCCCAGGAUCCAUGACCGUUCCCUGGAUCCAUGACCACUCCCAGGAUCCAUGACCGUUCCCAGGAUCAAUGACCCUUCCCAGGAUCCAUGACCGUUCAGAAGAUCCUAUUCCAUUAACAAGAUCAUCGCCGCCGGUCACGAGCAUCGGCGCCCCCGCAGUGCAAUGCCUGCUAUCCCGCUUAAAGGGACCGAGGUACAGCCACGACGGUUCGCGGGAUCGUGCCGCAGUAUAAUGACGGCGGCUGGUCAGCAAGCGGUUAAGCUUGGACAAUGUCUUCCUCCGGCGUGUACAGGUCCUCUUUUUUUAUAACUGUGUAUAUUUAAGUUUAUAUACAAAGCAUUAAUUUAUUUUGUAUGAUAAAAAAUGAUUAAAAUAUAUUUCCUAA